AUGCCCUGCAUAUCUUGUACCUCCCGGAAUACCGAGUGUGUUAAGGAUGAAUACGACGAUCGUCGGCGUAGGCUCGCUGUCAGACGAAAGGUUGAGAUACUGGAGAACGAUCGCCGACUCCUUGAGGACUUACUCAACGCAAUCCGGACAGGUAGACCAAGUCAAGUGGAUUCUCUGGUCAAUCUAAUACGUGGUAAUGCCACCAGACAAGAAAUUAUCUCCUGGCUUGAGACCGAAUUUCGCAACGAACGAACAAGCAGUGAAAACCACACCCAGAGCCCUCAAUUUAACAACAUCAAAGCCUUUCGCCAAUUAUUGGCCGAGUUUGAAACCACAAUGCAUCUUGAUGAAAGAAGAUCAGAUAUGUCCAAUAUCGGGCUGGAGUGUUCACUCGAGAAAUGGGAGGAUCUGCAAGUCAAUGAGCUGUGA